UGACCCCUCUCUCCCGGUAUAGUGUUGGGGUAUGAGAAGAGAGAGUAAUUAGACACAUGGGAAACUCCCAGGCUAGCCCUUAGGAUGUGUUAAUUCCACCAAAGUUAUUUCCAGACCAAUAAAACACUUGAAAUCAAUCGGAAUAUCCAGAAAGGUUCGCAAACUUUUAUUCAGUGCUGUCAAGAGAGAAUAAUGGAACAUUGUACCCUCUUGUUGCGUCACCAUUACAAUAUUCUGCAUUGUUUGCCUUGAGAUAGUCGCGCGUGGACUUGAUGACCUUUAAUGCAAUCGAUUAAAAUGUGCGGACGUCCCAGGAAUUACACCUCUAUUUAAUUACAACCUCUAAAAAUAACUUAAUAAGUGAAAUUCACAUAUCCCGGCCGGAUCAAUUGUUUAGGCUUCUGGGAAAGUGCACACCUGCCCCUCCCCUUAGCCAACAUUUUGCCCUAAGUGAGAAGUAAGUGUUAAUGCUGGCUUAGGGGAGGGGUAGGUGGUCAGUUGCACAGAAACCUAAAUUCAUCCUCCUGGCCAACCCCUUAAGUUUCCCUCUCUGUCCCAUAACUCUCUCUCUCGGGUAGGAAGGUUGCUUUCAUGCCGGGCACGUCUGUCCAUUUCAACCAUAUCUAAUUUGCCUGGAUUUAUUACCGAUAUGUUUUCUCUCAAGGGCCAGCCGCACCUAGAGUGUCAGUGGCCAUGAUUGAAGAAACGAAGGUGAGGCUGGAAUGGACACCACCAACAAAUGUCCGAGCGGGGGGCGUCAAAUACAAGGUGAGAGGUGUAUAAAGGACACUGACUACAGGUCGAACGUAACACAUUAGCUGACGAUCUCUAUCAACUUAUAAUCGUAAAAUAUGACGAUUGAUUGCAUUUCUGUUUAUUAUCAUUAUCAUUAUUAUUAUCUUCAUUACAUUCAGCUGGAUGGUUUGCUGCAUUCCUCCUUUUCUGAUUACCAUUACCGUUAUUAUUUCCAUUAUUAUUAUCAUCAUCAUCAUCAUCAUCAACCAUUAUCAUUAUCAUUAUCAUUAUCUUCAUUACACUCAGCUGGAUGGUUUCCUGGAGUCCUACUUUGCGGACAUCAUUCCACCGGCCGUGGCCCUAGGGACCUGUUUCUCGAAAGUCCCCUUUUUGUCUUGUUUGCAUUCAAGAUCAAGGUUCCAAUAAUUCUGAAAAUGAUACAAUAAAAAGUAUCAGUUAACGAAGCAAAAUUGACUGGUUUGUGAGCUAAGAACUGUGCUAAUUAAUAUUCAACAGGGUUUGACUUUAAAAUUUGUCUUCUGUCCCGUAAAGUCUCCGGGCCCUUCGAGAAACGGGCCCAAGUGUCAAGACUGCGAAGGAUCCUGGCCGUUCCUAAUGGCACGCUCGCUGUAAUGGUUUUAGACGACUGGUGACGCCAGUCUCAAUUAACCACUAUUCUAUAUCUUAAGACAGUCUCAAAUGUACCAAUAACGACUGGCACUACCAUUACUUUGCGCAAUUUCCGGGUUCGUUUCACCUCCCUCUCCAGUUCUUGCUCUUGUUCUUGUUCUUCUUCUUGUUCUUGUUCUUGUUCUUCUUGUUCUUGUUCUUGUUCUUGUUCUUGUUCUUGUUCUUGUUCUUCUUCUUGUUCUUGUUCUUGUUCUUGUUCUUGUUCUUCUUCUGCUGCUGCUGCUGCUGCUGCUGCUGCUGCUGCCGCUGCUGCUGCUGCUCCUCCUUCUCCUCCUCCUCCUCCUACUCCGCCUCCGCCUCCGCCUCCGCCUCUUCCUCCUCUUCUUCUUCUUCUUCAAGACACAAAGCUGACGAAGAGGGAUGAGGGGAAAGGAACAAGUCAUAAUGAUAAUGAUAGUAUUAAUAAAAAAACGUGGCCGAGGAUUUGAACUCGGGACUACUGAGAACAAAUACAGCCAGCGGUCAAAGCGGGACAUGAACUCGGGGCCUCCUCCGAGUCCAGAGCUCUAACUGCUCGGCCACGCUGCCUCCGCUAAAUGUUAAGGGUUUUUUUUUUAAUUAAGGUUAAAUACACGGGGACAAAGGAUUACAACACAUCGUUUUUGGAUAUUGGUGAACAUGACGCACAAGAGGAGACAAACUACUUGCUGGAGAAUUUGGUACCUGGUACUUUGUAUAAGUUUAAAGUUAGUGGUGAAUCGGUCUGUGUGGAACGCCAACCCACUGCUGUUGACGUAACCACGAAAAUAUCCGGUAAGCAAAAGCAGCUCCAGCUAACUAAAAUUUAAAACCAAAUCUGUGUAUUUUCAUGAAGAUUGAAGUCACUUUACUUUUAAUUUUAUUGGAAUUAUUCAUAUGUUGAGCUUUGAGAAAAGGAUAGUUUUAUUUGAGUCCCCGAGGGGAUUCGAACCUGUGGCUUUCCAGAAUGGCAGCUGGGCGAUUUAAACUCUCCGUCUGUGAUCUAAUCGGACUGACCCUUUGUGGUUGUUGAAUAGCGCUAGGAUCAACAAUGUCGACUGUUUUACGUAUAUAAAUAUACAUACAACUUUAAUUUAAACUCGGUAAAAUCUUCAGUAACAUUCAAAGUUACAAAUAAUUAUUUUAGUGUUCUACGCUUUAGAUAAUUGUUGCGUGCCUUGGGCAAUGUUAGGUUACCGCACGAGUUUUGUAGAUCGUAAAAUGAACUUCGUUCAUUAAAUUGACAUGUAAUUCACUUUUAAUGUCAGUUUUGAUCAGUUCCUGGUUCAGCAGUUUAGAGCUCGUUUCGCGUAAAAAUGCUAUUUUCAAACCUUAAGGCACUUGUGUUUUGGUUUCUUCAGAUCUGUGCUCCAGACCCCCCUCCCCCUCCCCUCGAUCUUUCCUGAGGGAAGGGGUCUGUACACAGGCCAUGCUCAUUGUUUUCUCUUUCACCAUUGGCCACUUUAGUAACGAGGGGGGAACCGGCGCCGAAAUGCGUCCCGCAUUUGCUUCUGGGAUCCUUAAUGGAAGGCGGCAGUCAGCCAUUGGCCAUUUUUUCCCCGUCCUUAGUAACAGUCCCAGAAGUCUUGCCAAAGUUAACUCGGCUUAGUUCCUCUAUGUAUUCAUCUUCUUUUUGACUUUUUUUUUUAAUUUUACUUUUAUAGCUCCCCUUGCACCAUACGUUGGAGAGAUAACUGAUAUAAGUGCCUCAAAGACAAGUGCUGUUAUCCAGUUAUGGCCUGCAGAACAAAGAAAUGGCCCCAUAAGGUAUGAUCAAAGCCUUGUUUCCUCACUAAUAGAUUUCCGAUCAUAGUAUUACGUUUACGCGACAGGACGGCAGAAAGGAGAGGAACGUGAAAGGUUUGUGUGUAAAAGGCUUGACAGGGCUGGUACCUGCGUGUUUUAUCGUGAUCUUCUUUUAAAAUUACUGGCUUUUGGGCUUUUACAAAAAGAUUUGUUUGAAAGAAGGUGAAGUUUGUGGGAAAAAUUUUUCAAACGUAAAUAUUGUCACGCUUGUCACACAAGGUUUGUCCACUUCUUUCCUUUGACGUAAUAUUGCAUACUAAGUUCAUUAGUGCUGAAAUGAGAAUGCCAGCGUUCCAACCUAUAUUUACAUAUACUUCUUGUUACUCAAAGGGAUCUAUCCAGGGUCGAAAUGUGCAGCAAAAAUUGACCAGCGGCUCGUUUUAAGUGGUUCACGGAUCGAUAAAACUUUGACAUGAUAUGACGUCAUUUUUUCAUUAAUAAGAGGACAGACAUAUAUAAAAACCUAGCGUCAAUUUGUUUUUUACAUUAACAAAAGCUCGAAAAAGUCAAAAUGCUGGUAAAAUGAAGAAAACUCAACAAGAGUUAUGACUUUUUUUAAACUAGCAUAAUGUUAUUGUCAAUAACUUUUCUCGCUUGGUGAUUGGCUGCUAAAGAAGGGUAACUGAGUUUCAUUGGCUAAAAAUUUGACGGGUAGAGACACCUCACUGCCCUGCAUAACGUUAGGAAUUUAUUGUUUUCCAAACUUCAGAACAAGCAUGAGAUCAGCGAUGUUUAUUUUCUCGAGAAAUAGAGGCAUUUUGGGCUAGUAUAAAGUCGUAAACUAGCCCUGGGUUAAAAAUUGUUCUGAGUAACGAUUUUAGAGCCGUCGAAAUAACCGAACAAGUCGGAGCCAUGUACGGUUGAGCUGUCUUUAGAGCAACUAGCCGGGCAGUUUUGAAAGCUUGCUAACCGAACAGUACGAACAUAUGUCGUGUACCUGUUGCUUAUUUUAGUUUGAGUCUUGUUUUUCGUCCUGAACACCUUCAGCUAUGUGAACUGUGUGCAAUCAAACCGAGAGGUUGGUUUUGCACGCAUGUAGUCUUCAACUUAACUUACCAUGUACUUACAAAGUUCACAAGUUUGUAUAAGAAGUUGGUUUUGCUUGCAGAAAAAGGGAUCAGAAAAUACUCAGUUCUUGUCAAAAGAAAACUGCUGUAGUUAACGUCUUUAUUUUGAAUAAACUAGACUUUCAGAAUUGUUUUCUUACUUUCGUUAUGAAUGUUUAAAGCUUAUCUGAAUCGCAGUUUUUGUAGCUGUAUAAUUUCUAGCAAGUGGUCUCCGCUUUGGAAACUAAGUGAUUUUGUUCAGUUUCCUAUGCUUGAGCUUUUUGUAGAGAAUUCAGACAUGAUGUAAGUCUUGCAUCAGAGCUAUCUGGCUAUUUUUCGUGGUAGACAGAACGUGAAUCUUCUACGAAAAAAACUAAACUAAAAAAAAACAUCGAAGCUUGGCAUUCGUUCGGCAAAUGGCCGCGUCUUGCAUGAAUUAAAAUCUUAUGUGCCUCUCCUCUUAUCGAUCAUAACAGUCAGCCAAUCAGCGCGCGAGAAAUGAUUCAGUUAUUGUAAAAUAUGUUAUUAACCAAGGCCGAGGGCCGCACAAGAAACUAAGAGAAUUUGGAAAUCAGGUCGUUAGAGAACAAAAACGGCCUAUUUCCCGCUUCGAUCCUGAAGAAACUUUAAAAACUUUGUUAAUCAGGGUUCGUACAGUAUUGAAGUUUAAGGAAAGUCCUUGAAAAGUCCUUAAAUUUCUGUGCAAGUCAUUGUCGAAAAGUCCUUGAAUUUUCUUCAGCUUUGAAUGUAGUGACCUGGAAAGUGUUUUUUGAUGCUUUUUGGUUGUUGAAGACUUCAAUACAAAUCAUAGUUCAGAAAAUUUAAAGGUUAUUUACGUAAAGUGCUUUAUGUCUUAUGCAAUAAUUUACUGUCAGGUUAAUGCAGGUGAACUGAAAAAUGUAGAAAAGUUGGUGAAGCAAACAGUUCAAGCCUUAUUAGAAUAAACUGGGCAUGUGAUAUUUUUUUUUUUUACAAUAUGUGAAAUUAUAAUCCUAGUAGAUGGUCCUUGAAAAUCUAAUGUGGUCCUUGAAAAGUCCUCGAAACAAUGGUUGCAGUUUUUUGUAUGAACCUUGUUAAUAACACAUUCAAUACUGGAGUGCAGAAAAGGAAAAGUAGGAAAUGAGUAAAUUAAUGAAUGAAUCAAUAAAUAAAGAUAAAGAUAAGACUAAAAUUAUAUUUCACUGAAAAGCUGGUUGAAUCAUUCCUCUGUCUUCUAAUACUCUUAACCUAACGGAUCCCUAAAUAGAUAAUUUUGAUCAGCAUUCCUACAAUUGACACUAAUAACCAUCUGAUAGUUUGAUCCGAUCUGUUUUCGCUCUUUGAAUCAAUGGUCACCCCUAAGUCACACUUCAUAUUGUAACAAAAUUGCAUCUGUCUGAAAGCCCUUUAUUAUCGCUUAAUUUUUUUUUCCAGUGCUUAUCAGGUCGUAGUUCUGAAGGUGGCUUAUUGCAACAAGAACCUUCCACCCGAUUUUGAUUCUAAGCUCAAAAAUUCAGAGGGUGCGUCGCAAUACAACAUCGACUUUUACGUUUCUGCUGAGAUAAGUAACGAUCCAGUGCACGAGACAACCUGGACAUUCACAGUUGGUGAUGAGAAAUACUAUGGAGCUUACAAAAAUACCGCCUUGCAACAAGGAGAGGAUUAUAUUGUCUUUCAGAGAGCUUUGACUGAUGACAGAACCGAAAAGGUAAAUCUAGUUUAGUUAAAAGUCCAGUCAAAGACUAUUGCCAUUUUGCCAACAACAUGCUCGGGUCUAACACCAUGUAAAGCAUUUUUUUAAAUACUGAAUCAUUGGAUAAAACAAUUCUAGCGCUCUCAUUGGCUUAGCCAUCAUGGUAUAUGAGCCAUAAAACCAUGCUCUCCAAAUGUGGUAACUGUACGCGUUUCCUCAAAAUAAAAACAAGCUGAAAAUCGAUUGUUUUUACAAAUGAAGUCGGGAAGAAUUCUACAUAUUUUGUGGGCGUUUUUAAUAAAACAAUUAUUCCACACGCGCUUGUUGGAUAUGAGAUGAUUAUAGCCAACUCAUAUCCAAAGCACACUCGUAGCAUAAUUGUUAAGUAACUGAAUAUGUUACAGCCAACAAAACAUAUUUAUAUUUAUGAAUGUAUAUAAUUAUUCUAAUGUAUAUAAUUAUAAAUGUAACUUUUUGUUGACCACAAAUACUAUAGGUCGUUUUAAAAGGAAAUCCCAUCAAGGUUGCUAAAAUAUCAGUCACUAAAGGUGAGAGUUGCAAUGUUCUGUUGUAA